AUGUCCACUAGUAGUACUGUUGAUGAUAAUGAUGAUGGAGGCGAUACAUCCAUUGUCGCGACAGAUACAUCACCAACAACAACGAGUAAAUUAAAUAAUGAUGACACUACUGAGAAUGACAAUACGCUACCAUUCGCCAACUCUGAUAUCCCAGAGCCAACAGCACCAUCUCCGGCACCUGUAAAGCGUGGCCGUGGACGACCUCGCAAAGUACCAAGGACAGAUAACAAUGAUGUAAAUGGCAAUGCAGUGGCAAGAGCAGCAACAACAGCACCAGCAGUAGUGGUGAAGAAGUCUAUAACAAGGUCGUCUACAACUACAACGACACCUCAACAGGAAUCACCUCAAUUGGGACCAUUGGGCAAGUCAAUGUGUCCAUUAUGUAGGAUGGUUGUUGAUAAAGACAAGUUUGAAGAGCACUAUAAUCAAGAGUUGAAGAGGAUGGAGACUGCCGAUGCAUCAUCUCAAUUGAAUGAUACACCUUUGGCUUCAUCGAUUGACUCAUCUACGACGACCACGACACGUCGUACUAGACGUACUUCAACCAUCAAUGCAUUGAUCAAAAGUCAGCUUCAGAUGUCUGGUGACGCGUCAAGUUAUGAUAAUAUACAACAAUCAUUGGGCAACAUUAGAGCGAAGCGUGAUAAGAGAUCAGGAUCACAACAGCAUCAGGCCGCAGUCAGACAUGACUCCAUUCAUUCAUUCGUUCACAACAAUAACAACCAAAGCACAUCAGAUGACGACGAUGACGACAACCACAAAGACUCACAAUCAGGAAACUCACAACGAUGCUUUGUUUGUAGCACUGUUGUACAAGGCGACUUGACAACAUUCAACCUACACCUAGACAAAUGUUUGGAAUCGCCUCAAGCCUCUUCGACAUCAUUGGCCACAGCCACGCCGCCAAAGAGAGGACGUGGUCGUCCACGCAAGAAUGAUCCUCUGUCCCAAUCAAUCAACAACAACACCAACAACAUCAACAACACAAGUAACAGCAAUAAUACAAAUAAGAGGAAGAUUGACGAGUUGGAAGAUGAGGACGACUUCUCAGAUCUGCCGCCUGGCACCGAGGUCUAUGAGUUUGCCGGUCAGACAAGGAUUAGAACAUGUACACUAUUGGAGAAUGGUUAUGAGGGCAUCUACACGCCACCCAGAGUGUCACAACAAGACGAAGAUGGUGAUCUCGACAUCGAAGAAGAUGACACCGUUCAUUAUGGCAAUGUACAAUACACCGAGGAUGACCUGCCGCGUAACAAACAAGCAUCAUCAACAUCAACAACAAUCAUGACCGAUCAAUCUCAACCUCAGCCUCAACCUUCAGCUACGAAUCCAACAUCAACAUCAACAUCAUCUACCUCAACAACAACAUCCACAUCAACAACCAACAAUAAUGUAAAUAGCAAUAGUAUAGUGAUCGAUGCACUUAAGGAAAGAAUAAGGGAACAGGAGAAGAUGCUUAGGGAUACACCUUGUUGUCUGGUAUGCAUGGGUGUCUAUCAGACACCAUUAGUCAGUGUCAAGUGCUGGCAUGUCCACUGCGAACAAUGUUGGCUCAGUGCAUUACAAGCCAAGAAGUGGUGUCCACAGUGCAACAUCAUCACAACGCCGAGCGACCUAAGGAAGAUAUAUCUGUGA